GCUUCAUCCUCUACCAAGCUGUCAUCUCAACACUCACCACUUGUUAUUGACAACAUCAUCUACAACCGUCGUCGUCACAGCUCCAACACCGCUUCUCAACAGACUCCUCUACAAACAAACUACAACUUACCUCCGGUUAUCAUCCAAGAGGAUCCCCCUCUGCGCAAUCAGCGCCCUCGACAACACAGCACCGACACAAUGUGCACCACAAACAUCUACACAUACGUCCGCCCUGACGGACGUCGCGAGCAGUACUCCCAGCCUACUCUCUGCGCAAACUCUCGUCACAACCAAGUCUGCGCCCAGAACUACCGCCUGGACCAUCCUCCCACAUACGUUUCUGCUUAUGAUGCUCCCACAUUCUCUUACACCUCACAACUGCCUCCUACUCCCCAGUACAGCCCUGCGCCCUCGACACCGUCAGGCUCGCACCGCUCUGGAGACGAGUCAGACCGCUCCUACUCUAGCUCCAACAGCAAGAAGGAUCGUUCAUCAGGUGUUUACGUCAACGGUCAAAAGGUCUACGACCUGAACCGCAAGCGUCGAGGAUCUCGACACCACCAGGAGCGCAUUGUCCUUGUCGACAGCCCUGCUUCCCCUCGCACUCCUCCCCAGCAAUGGUCCGCUCCUGCUUCUCCCAACGGAAACACCUACAUGGUCGACUCAUCCCGGGACCCCAACCACCGCCGCCCCGUCAUCAUCGAUGAGCGAACUCUCCAGCCUGAGCGUCGUGUCCAGAUCGAGGUCGUCGACAACCACCACCACCGCUCCAAGCACCACCGCCACGCCUCCAGCAGCUCCAAGGAAAGCCGCAACUCCAACGAAGACGAGGAGCGACGCCGCCGCCGCCACGAGGAGAAGCGACAGCAGGAGAAGGAGAAGCUUCUCCAGAAGCGCAUCGCCGAAGCCAACCAGGCCAUCGCCAGCCGUCCCGUCGCCGCUGCCCCUCUGGCUCCCAAGCGCUCAGCUACCUACAAGCGUCCAUCUGUCGAGAUCCCCGUUGAUCAGAUGCGCCGCCUGAGCUUUGAGGAGGAGCGCCGUGACGACAAGGCCCGUCGCCUUGCUCGCCGCGAGGAGAAGAAGGAAGAGGAGGCACAGCGCGAGCGUCUCCGCGAGCGCAUGCAGCCCAAGCGACGACUGACUGUCGGAGCUGAUACCAGACGCCCAACAGACAUCUACGAGCCCGUGUACCGCUACCAAUGAGCGAUGAAUGUUCUCUGAACGUGUACUAUUGUUUUGUUUCUUUCUUUCUGUCUUGUAUCAACUGUUUCAACUAUUGGAUAUCUUUCUUUUGUUUUAAGCGAAGUUUAGCGAUUUGAUUUACGAUUUGGAUUUGGAUUUGGAUUUGGAUUCGGAUUAGACUUGAGGGAAAACAUCUCUGUGUAUAUUUUUUCUUACUUUUGGAUAACAGUACGGGCGAUAAGCAAGCCAGUUUUUAAAGGACUACAGGACACUUAGCUAGAUGCAAGACAACAAAACAAGACAAAAAAAGGAAUCCGGAUUGGAUUUUGA